CCAAAUUUGGAAUGAUAUAUCUUCCUUCCUUGGAGUUGACUGAUGAAAUACCCAACAGUGUCUCAAACCAUAGAUGAAUGAAUGGCAGAAUUACAAGAUGUCAUACAAAAGGCAAGAGCCAAUAUUGAAAAGGCUCAGAAACGACAGUGACAAGCCUACAACCAUAAGAGAUGCUCAGACACCCUUUAACCACCAGGAGGCUAGAAGUAGCGGACAUUAAAGAGAAAUUUCCUAAUAAAAUACCGGUGAUCGUAGAGCGGUACCACAAAGAAUCGAAUCUUCCUGUUUUAGAUAAAACCAAAUUUUUAGUUCCACUAGAGCUUACAAUGUCACAGCUCGUAACAAUUAUCAGGAACCGACUCAGCAUAGGCGCAAAUCAAGCCUUCUACCUUAUCAUCGACAAUAAGAGCAUGGCGAGUAUGUCUAGAACGCUGUCGGAAAUCUACAUAGAAAAUAAAGACGAAGACGGUUUCCUGUACGUCACAUACGCCUCACAAGAAAUGUUCGGCUGUGACUGCUCGUCUCUCACCUUGUAGCAAAACGUUCCUCGAAGGAGACGUUUGUAAAUAGGUUUUCUGGUCGGCCAAGUCUUUUUUCUGGAAUAUGGAGGACAUUAAAACCACGAACGUGAGUGAUUGAGAAAACUGAAAUGGCUCAACGCCAACCUUUGGUGACAGUAAUACUGUAUUCCAUACUAUGAACAUCAGUGUCAAACAACUAUACAUAGAAAAUAUAUUGAAAAAGUUUGUGAUUAUCUUAUUUUAUAACUUAAUAUUAAAGUGUCUGUUUUACAAUUGUGCCUGUUUCCAGUUAUUCUCCAUGCAAUAAAGUUUGUUUGCGUUUACUUAUAUAAUUGAAGCUAGGCUUAAAAGGUAAAUACCACACAAUUAUUCAAUUAACAAUUUACUCCAGAAAGUUUGGGACAUUAAGAUGCAAAGAAUAAUUUUAAAUGUUAAUCGUGCUUAUGCAUUAACAAAUAUUUCUAAUCAUUAAAAAAAUAACUGUUUUGUUGUAACUUUGUUUGUCAGAGAUAGAUGAUUAUAAUAAGUACUUACAAGCUCUUUUGGUUCAUGUAUAUUAACUUUACUCAUUCUUAUUCAUGUGUUAUGCGAGUUACUAAGAUGCUGUCUGAAGUAAAGAAGUUUUAACACGACGUUUGAAAGACUAAUAAUAUCCAGAAUUGAAAAGCAUUUUUUUUUUGACGUAAACUUUAUACGCCUUUUUCCUUCUUUUAUAGUUGCUUUGUAUUUAAUAGAAAAUGUCCGCAAAGACAAACUGUGAGUUUGAUAAUGAUGAGAAUACUUCUGUUGUAUUCAUUGAUGCCAUAAUUCGUAAUUCAAAGAUCUAAUCAUUUUGCAAUAAGUUGUUUUUCUGCAUAUCGCUUGUAAUGAUUGAGACAGAAUUACGUAUUUGAUCGCUGUGAUAUUUCCUUAAUAAUUGAAUAAAGGGCCAACAUUCAGUCUUG